UUGGCGAAAGAAUGUGAGAUAAAUUACAAUAGGCACGCACGAAUUCAGACCGAAUAAAUAAUCUCUGAUAAAGUAGUGGGUGACAAUUGGAUUUAACAUUUGUUUAUUUUAUUGCAUGAUAAGAGAACGAAAAUUUGUCCGAAUGUUUGGUUCUUUUCGUUAAGAUUUGUGCAUAAUUUUUAUUGCGCUUUUACGGCUUCACUAAUCGCGUUCAUAUAUAAAAUAUGAAAUUAUAAACCAACACACACGCUGCUGAGUAGACUAGCCAGCAGGUUUCAGUUGGUGUUUUAACCAACAGACGUUGAACGUGCUCUGCUGAAACGCGAGACAUGGUGGAGGUACACACCAAAUCAAAAAUGGAUUUAAAUGGAAGCAGUGCCUCUGGGACACGACCCAUAAACAGGAGGAAAAAUUUAAGCCAACAAAUCUGGGAUGUAGUACAAUUAAUUGCGGACGUAUUGUUACUGUGGGUGCUAGUUUUAUAUAGUUUAGGAGAACGUAUAUAUAGGUAUAUAGUGCCAGUACCAGAAAGGCCGGUUAAGGGGGAAAUUGUUUUGAUUACUGGUACCGGCCAUGGUAUGGGUAAAGAACUGGCGCUUUUGUACGCCUCAAAAGGCGCUACUGUGGUCGGCUGGGACGUAAAUAUGAAAAGCAACGAAGAAACAAUUUCGGAAAUAAAUGCUCGCGGUUAUCCGAAAGCUUACGCUUAUUAUUGUGACGUUUCAAACAGGGAUAGCGUUUUCGAAGUCGCUAAAAAAGUACAAAGGGAAGUUGGGGAUGUUUCAAUUUUGAUUAACAACGCUGGAAUAAUGCCAACACAUCCGAUUUUAGACCAGACGAAAGAAGAGAUUGAGAAGACUUUCGCGAUUAAUGUUUUUGCUCAUUUUUGGACAAUUCAAGCUUUUCUUCCCACUAUGAAGAAAAAUAAUCACGGUCAUAUUGUAGCUUUGUCUUCCUGUGCCGGCUUGUUCGGCCUUGAAAAUUUGGUUCCUUAUUGCGGUACCAAAUUUGCUGUUCGUGGCAUAAUGGAGGCUUUACACGAGGAAAUGAGACAACAAAAAAAUUGUAAAAUCGAGACAACUUGUGUAUGUCCUUACAUGGUCGAUACAGGCUUGUGUAAAAAGCCGAAGGUUAGAUUUGAACGGCUAAUGCCACUUUUGAACCCUAGAUAUGCUGCAAAAGCCAUUAUGAAAGCGCAGCAAACUCAACAAAAAUUGGUAUCGAUACCUGGCUAUCUUGUAAAUUUAAAUGAUUGUGUUAGGAUACUACCAGUAAAGGCCGGUUUGUACAUCAAGGACUUUAUCAACUCUGGUGUAGAGUCAGACUUAUAAUUUUUUCCUGAAGGUGGAAGAAGAUUUUUUAGAAAGUAGGUACUAACGACAUUGUAUAAGUAGUAAACAAAAUUGUCUUAUUUAUUUGUUCUUUUUCUACGUUUACUAAUUUUUAUUCAUUUCUGAACAAAAAUUUGAACUUCUAAUUAUUUUUAUGGGAAUAAUCAAGUGACAUAUGUUGAAUUUAUUAUUGUUGAAAAUAGGUAAACUGAUGCCAGUUGUGCUGUUAAUAAAAUAUUUUGCAAUA